AUGGCCCAAUUUCAGUUGGUUGUGAUGGUAGCGGUUAGAAAACUGAUAGAGAAGUUCUUCACUACGACUGAUCUGAAGUACCUGGAUGACCCGAUGCCGGACUUCCACCUCAGAAAGAAAGAAGAUCUGAAGAGGCGCCAGAGUGUAGGAGAGCCGGUUGAUAUUGAACUCGAGGACAAUCAGGCCACAAUCCAUGCGGUGAAAACCGAGGCCCAUCUCCAUAUUCCAAUGGCUAGUGGCAACGUCAUCAAGAUUCCGUUGGCAGCUAUCCAGGAACCGAGCCAUUCGAUUAAUAUGACGAAAGAAGUCAAUAGCAGUGGUAUGUGGAAGCACAUCAGUUCAAGAGAUUCAAAGAAUUCCCUUGACAAGGAAAUGCCGAAGACAGCAGUGCCGAAUGAGGCGCCUUUGGAAACGCCUGAAGAAGACGAGGAUGCAAUCAUGAUAAAGUCAAUGGGAAACAACUAG